ACCAAACACGGUCUUAAGGCCCUGAAGGGCCUGAACUUUAUGAUCAACGCAGUGGAACUUCGAAAUUUGGAAAGAAGACGAAGAACGGAGACAAACCUGGAGAAGCCAUGACAACCCGCUCCCUCUUCCUUGCUCUUAGACGUGUUCUUAACUAUAAAGACAAGCAAUCUCAAGUUUUACUUUUCUCCAAUAAGAAAAGCAAUAUCUCAAGAUCAUUCUCUUCAAGCGUCUUAACCGGCGAAUGCAUCGAAGAAUCUCCGAUUCCAGAGGAGAAAGACGAUUUGAAGAGCCGUAUUUUCAGGCUUAGACUCCCUAAGCGAAGUGCAACCAAUGUCCUCGAGAAAUGGGUUCACGAAGGCAACCAAAUUACCAUUUAUGAGCUUCGGCAGAUUUCCAAAGAGCUCAGAAAUUAUCGGCGUUUCAAGCACGCUCUCGAGAUAUCAGAAUGGAUGGUUGCCCGUGAAGAGUUUGAGUUGUUAGAUUCUGACUAUGCAGUGCGGAUUGACCUAAUGACAAAAGUUUUUGGAAUUGAAGCUGCUGAACACUACUUUGAGGGUCUACCUCUGACAGCAAAAACUUGUGAAACAUACACUGCUUUACUACAUUCUUAUGCUGGAGCCAGAUUGACUGAAAGGGCUGAAGAACUGUUCAAUAGAAUAAAGGAAUCCAAGCUGCCCUUCAAUGCUCUCAUAUACAAUGAAAUGAUGACCUUGUACAUGUCAGUUGGGCAGGUGGAGAAGGUGCCUACAGUUGUUGAAGAAUUAAAACGGCAGAAUAUUGCCCCUGAUAUUUUCACGUACAAUCUAUGGAUAAGUUCAUGUGCUGCGACUCUUGGCAUUGAUGAAGUUAGAAGGAUCCUAAAUGAAAUGGCCCGUGCUUCUGGUUGCAAUGAUGACUGGGUUAGAUACAUAAAUCUUGCGAACAUAUAUGUCACCACCAGUCACCUUGUAGAUGCCAAGUCUGGUCCCUUGGUGGAAGCAGAGAAAGGUAUCACACAAAGAGAAUGGAUAACAUAUGACUUUCUAAUUAUUCUAUAUGCAGGUUUAGGCAACAAAGAUAAAAUUGACCAAAUAUGGAAAUCGUUGAGAAUGACUAAACAAAAAAUGACAAGCAGAAAUUACAUUUGUGUCCUUUCUUCAUAUCUGAUGCUUGGGCAUUUGAAAGAAGUGGAAGAAGUUAUUGAUCAGUGGAUGCAAUCUACCACGCCAAACUUUGAUAUUUCUGCAUGCAAUAGAGUUCUGGAUGCAUUCACCGAGACUGUUUCGACUGCAAAGGCCAAUGAUUUUCGUAUGCUUCUGAUUCGAAAGAAUUGCAUCCCCACAAAUGAAUCCAAAUCUGACUGAGCUUAAAAUGAUCUGGCAACAGCUUGGUGGAAGCGUUUAUCUAGUUUGAAAUGUCAGAGACAAAAAAUUUCUUAUGAUUUAUUGCAGGCUCAUAACAUCAUCGGGAACUGGAUUUGCAGUCUCUGAACAACAGAGGUUUUUCGUUGCACCUUUUGCCUUCUGGCAUCUUUUUAUGGAUAAAUUUCAUAGCUUCAUAACACUUCGACUCCAUUUUUGUCAUGAAUGCAUAAUUAUGAGCUCUGGUAUUUCUUUAUCACCACUAUUCAACUGAUGUUAUUUGUCUCAGAACAGUUGUAGACAAGAACUGAUAUAAUAAUUUUGUUCACAGAAAAUGAAACAUUGCCGUUGUUUUUAUUUU